GUAGUGCAAAGUUCAGAAUAAACCGAGCAACCCGCGAACUAUAGAAACCCUAGCAAUAAUCGAACGGUGCCGAUACUCGGUCAAACAUUCGAAUCGAAGCCCACGUAGUUCGUUUUCCGUUAGCCCAUCGGUUGGGUGAGGUGUAAGUCCGACGUAAUCAUUGAACAAAACGCAAACAUCGCGAGGAUGGCGAAACGUGCUGCCGGUUUUCUCAUAUUUCGACGGCUCUGCGAGCGGAUCGAGUACCUGAUGAUGCAGGCCUCGUACGGUCAACACCAUUGGUCACCGCCCAAGGGUCAUGUCGAUCCGGGAGAGGACGAUUUCACGACGGCACUCCGGGAAACGUCCGAAGAAUCCGGGUACAAAGAAAGCGACCUGAAAGUGUUCCGCAACCAAUCUUGCACGCUCGAGUACAAAGUGAAGGGACACGACAAGGUGGUCGUUUACUGGCUGGCCGAACUGCGGAAUCCAUCACAGCAGGCGCAACUAUCGGAAGAACAUCAGGAUAUGCGCUGGUUGGAGUGUGAGGAUGCGAUCAAAAUAGCCGGUUACGAUGAUUUCGCCAAAAUGAUCCGGGUCUUUGAUGUGCGCAUUAAACAGAGCGAGCUAGGGGAACCGUAAAUCGUCGUGGCGCCAAUCCAUCAUUGAGAUGUCGCCAUCGCCUUACUUCUCUCACAGCCGUGCCGCUUCAUCGUUGCUUCGUUGAUUGGAUAAUGAAAAAUAUCGAUUACUUUACUAGUUACUACGCGCGCUGUGCUGCAUUGCGCUGCUUCUCAAUGUGAUUAUAUGCAGAAGCAGCAGCGAUGGUGAGUCAGAGACUUGCAUUGCGAGCCAAUAAAAACGUCAUCGCGCCAGGAGCGAAUAUAUCGAUCUGAG